AUGUCCAUUAUUCAACCCAUCUUUAGAGACGAACCUUUUCUCUCAAAUGACGAUGACUGGGAUUCAGUCCAGCACAUUGAAUGGGAACUUGACGCCAAGUUCUUUACUGGUUGCAACUCAAGACCUACGACCCCACUGAACAAAGCCGUGGCCGACCAUCAGAUUACUCUCGCCAGAGCAGCUGCGCUUAUAAUCCGGAUAUCCCUCAACAACAUUCCUGUGGAUGUGCCGGACUUCGACCCUUCCUGUCUAAAAGGUUAUCGGAAACAACUGUUCCAAUGGAUGAAUACCUACAACGCCUCACCCGCGAGCAAAUUGUUGCUUGGUGACGUUACUAUGGCUGUAACCAUGGAGAUUCUGUCUUCGCUCCCCGAGAUGGGUGUUGAGGGUGAGAUCCUUGCCAAGAUUGGACCCAAUCUAGGGGGCAUCUUCCAAGGAACUGUUGAUCCAAUUUCGUUGCUUGCUGCAGACGACCAUAUUCAUCGCAUGCAGGAUGACAUGAAGCUGAUGCAGAAGAUGAGGGAGCAUUUCGGGGAUUACCUAUCUUGUUUCGCGACCAAGGAGACCCCCAUAGAUGUCCUCGAAAUCGGGGCCAGCACAUAUAAUAGUACAAAAACUAUUAUCGGUGCUUUUUCAGGCCGAAAGAGCGUUUCCUACACCAUUACAGAUCGGUCGCUCUCAGUGCUUGAGCAGAUCAAGCCGUCACAAACCGGUACGGUCAACCUCAAGGCUUUGGAUAUCAAUCGAGAUCCACUUGAUCAAGGAUUCAGUCCUCAGUCUUUUGAUGUGGUUCUUGUAAAUAAUAUCCUUUACACAGCCAAUUCGCUCAGCGAGGUGCUUGACAAUACGAGGAAGCUGUUUGUUCCUGGUGGUGUCCUUCUUCUUGUGGGAAUCUCGAAUAUGUCGCCCGCCUACAACCUCAUCUUUGGCAUGAACGAGAAUAUGUGGUCAGAUGGAAGCCACGAGCCAUUGGAAUAUCCUUCUAUCAGCGAGUGGAAUGCUGCCCUUCAGAGCAAUGGCUUCAGCAUGCUCGAGCCGGCGACGAAAACGUUUGAUCAUAUCGGACAGUCAUCGUACUGCGUCGUUUCAACAGCUAUAACUACCACUCGCAAUUUAAUGGUCAACAUCCUUCCUGAUAAAGAAGGCAAGCUCCUCAACUUUGCACAUCAGCUUUCGACAACCUUGAUAGAAACCAAUACAGCAUCUACCAUUUCGCCAACGCUUUCUGACGACAUUUCUUCACGGUUCAUCUACAUUGUUCUUGACGAUGGCUUGUCCUCUCUCGAAGAGUAUCAAAAUCUCGUCAAGGCGAACAACGUUCUGUGGAUUGGUAUGAGCAAUGGGAGUGGCAAAUUUCGGGACAUGGAUAUGCUCAAAGGAUUUGCACGGACUGCUCGCGAAGCAAACGAGAAGCUCAAGCUCGUGACACUUAAGAUAAAACAAGAAUUUCCAGAGUAUGCAGAACUUAUGAAGGUGUUCAGGCGGAUUAUACAGCUGUCGUUCCAAGAAGAUCGAGGUCCGCGGACGGAACUUGAGUAUGAGUAUGUCAACGGCAAAGUGCUUGUACCACGCAUAAAGAAAGUGGGAGGGAUCAGCAAGAGAUAA